GACUCCCGGGACACCCCCGGGACACCUCGGGACCCCCGGACGCGGCAGGAGGAGGAUGGCCGACGGGCACGGCUGGUGGAAGCUGACGUUCCUGCGGAAGCGCCAGGCGGCGGCCCCGGUGCUCUACGAGAGCCCCGAGGGGCCCGGGGCACCGGGCGGGGACAGCGCGGAGGGGACGGAGCCCGAGGGACCCCCCGGCUUCACCGCCCGCCUGGAGAAGAUCGUGGACAAGAGCACCAAGGGCAAACACGUCAAGGUCUCGCACUCCGGGCGCUUCAAGGAGAAGAAGAAAGUGAGGGCGACGCUGGCCGAGCACCCCAACCUGUGCGGGGCCGGCGAGCGGGAGGAGAAGUGACCCCGGCGGAUGCUCCCGGUCCGCGGGGCUGCGGGAGCAGGGAGGACUCGGGAUGGGGUUGAGCCGUGGGACGAUCCGGGAGCGCCCGCGGGGUUGACCCCAGCGCUGACUGGUUCGUACUGGGAUGAGGACUCACCCCUGGCGGCCCGCCUGGCUCUGCCCCAAUCCCAUUCCCAAAUCCCAUUCCCAAACCCCCUCCUCACUUUUUGGGGCCGAGCCCCGCUCGUGUCGCGGUCCCGAGGGGCUGCAGGGGACACUUCCCUGUCCCGAGGGAACAAAUGACCUGACCCUGCCGGACAAAUCCCCCCGAGGGAAGCUCGGAGCGCUCCCAGGAGGAGCCGCAUUCCCAAAGGGAAUCGCUCCUUGCUGCUGGAAGCGGGGAGCCCAGCCCGGGGCUCGGCAUGCUGCUGCUGCUGCUGCUAAUGAACUGUUAAUUAAUUAACUCGGUUAAUAAACCGAGCCUGGGAGCUCAGCGGAUCCCUGGAUCCAGGCUGGAAGGGUGGGAAGGAUCCGGAUCCCCCCGGGACGGGGCGGGGAAUCCCUGACCCUGAAGGAGGAGGAAGCAGAGGCGGCUCCGGGAGAGCUCCGCGGAUCCCGAAAUCUGGCAUGGAAGGCUGGGAAAGCUCUGGAUCCCUCCGGGAUCUCUCUGGGAGCCAUCCCGGGAAAUCCCUGAGUCCCUGGAUAAAUGGGACACGCGGAGGUGGAAGCGGAGGCAGCUCCAGGGCUUUCCCUGCGGAAGAAAUCCGCUGGAAUCGCGGCCAUCCCGGGAAAUCCCUGACCCUGCGGAGAGUGGGACACGCGGGGGUGAAGCGGAGGAAGCUCCGUGGAUUCCUCCGCGCAUCCCUGGCAGGGUGGGAAGGUUCUGGAUCCCUCUGGAACCCCGCUGGGAACGCGGCCAUCCCGGGGAAUCCGUGAUCCCCUGGAAAAGGGGACACCCGGAGCCCUCGCAGCUCCCGAACUCCGCAGCUCCAGCUCCGCCAAGAGCCCGAGCCCGGUCUCGGUUUCCCGGUACGGGGCCGGUGCCAGCCCCGCCCGGCUCGGUUCGCUCGCAGCCCGU